AUGGCCUCCCAGAACCAUGACCCGCAGCAGCUCUUUAAGGAGUGGGACGUCCCCCAGUGUGGGCGCCAACAACCCGUGGGCAAGAGGCUCCUACAGGAGCUGGAGACUCUUAGGAAGUCUAGGGACAAGGGAAUUUCUGCUUACCCUGAAUCAGACUUUUCCAAACGGGUGGGGACCAUCCACGGAGCAGUGGGAACAGUCGGUGAAGACCUGAAGUCUCUAACCCCGCAGUUCCAGGGAGCCUUCCAUCCCAGCGCGUGCGCAGUGAAGCCCCUCAGCCCUGUACCAGGGUCACGUGGACGCCAGGGUCACGUGGGCCUAGACACCUCGGAGGGCAAGUGGGCUUACCUGUGUGACGUCAGGACCACCUGCUCUCCGUGCAGAGCCGGCUAG